GAAUUAACUUUUUAAAUUAUAAAAAAACAAAAAAUGUCUAAAUUAACUAAUAUGUAUUACUCACAAUAUGAAAGUUCUAUAGAAAGUGAAGCUGCUUAUGAUUCUGAUAAUUCAGAUACACAUGAAAUUUUAAUAAAGUCACCAUCUCAUGCUCAAUUUUAUAAAUAUAUUGAACGUAGAAAUGAUGAAGAAUUAUUACAUGAAUCUUGGAAAUUUACAAUACGUGAACAAAUAAAUCUUGCAACAGAGAUUAAAGAGCAAUGUGGUAUGGAAGUUAAUCUAACAGAUAAUCAAGUAUGUUAUAUUUAUAAACCUGGUAUAGAUGAAACUCAUAUACCAGGCAUCAAAUUUAAAAUAACAUUUAUUUAUAUUAAACUAUUGCGUAAAUGGUACAUUAGUUUAGGGCACAGUCGCCUUCCAGAUGUAAUAACACUUGAGAAUAAAGUAAAAAGAGUAUUACAAAGUUUAAAUCAACGUCCUGGACAAUCUAUAACUAUGCAGAGUAUGCAAAAUAAAAUACCAGGUAUGGGUAUGAUGCCUGCUCAAACUAGUGGUCCAAUGAAUCAUAUGGGUCCAAUUCAAACCAUGCAAACCAAUUCAAUGUUAACACAAUUGAAUCCAAUGAGUCAAGGAAAUAUGUCUCAGCAAAUGAAUCAAAUGGUUCCCAAUCAAAUGACACAAAUCAAUUCAGGACAAAUGCAGCAGAAUAUGCAAACUCAAAUGCAAAAUCAACUAUCUAAUCAAAUAAAUAAUCAAAUUACUGGAUCUAUAAGUGGAAUCCAAACAAAUAUGCCACAACAAAUGAAUCAGAUUGCUCCAGGACAAUUAGGCCCUGGUCAAAUGCAACAGCAGUUAAGUCAUAUGCAAAGAAAGCAAGGUGAAAUGAUAAAUGCUGGUUUUCCUGGGCCUCGAAAUGUUACACCAACUCAAUUUUUAGGUCAAAGUCCAUCACCAUCUGCUCCAAGUCCUGCUGGUUUAGGUGCACCAUCAAGUAAUCAAAUGGUAGCAUCACCAGCAUUAGUUCCUUCACCUAGUCCACAACAUGCUAUGAUGGCAGGACCACAACGAUCUGUAGGUAUGGCACCAUCUCCUAGCAGUUCCUUGAAUACUCCAGGAGGUGUAGGAGCUACCCCAAGCCCACAACAAGAAGACCAAGCUUAUAGAGAUAAAGUUAAACAAUUAAGUAAAUAUGUAGAACCUCUACGAAGAAUGAUUGCUAAAAUGGGAAAUGAAGGAAAUGUUGAUAAAUUAAGCAAAAUGAAGAAACUUUUAGAAAUUCUAUCAAAUCCUAGUAAACGAAUGCCUUUAGAUACAUUAUUAAAAUGUGAGGUAGUUCUUGAAAAAGUAGAUUUUAAACGAAGUGAUGCUAGUGUUGGGCCUCCAGUUACAACGUUAAAAGAACAUCAUUUCUUCAGUCCACUUUUAGAAGCAGUAAGCACGCAUCUUCAGAGUCCAGUAGUAAAUCAUACAUUACAACGUACUUUUGGUCCCUGUUUAGAAGCUUUAUUUGGUCCAGAAAUAAAAAAUUUACCACAACCACUAAAAAAAAAAAUAGAAGAAUCUCCUAGUGAAAUACCAGAUGUAUUGCAAGGAGAGAUAGCUCGAUUAGAUCAACGAUUUAAGGUAUAAUCAAUUUUUCUUUGCAAUUUUAUAAUAUGUAUUUAAACAUAUAUUAUAUAUAUAUAUAUAUAGUUAGUUGGACU